CACUAGUCGUGCGGCCAAAACCUCACUUCGUUUACGUUACUGUUUGCAACAAGAAACGUAUAAAACAACUCACAAGAAUUAAAAAGGAGAAUUAAUAAUAAUGGCGGACGUUUUGGACAUUGAUAAUGCUGAAGAGUUCGAGGUCGACGACGAGGGAGACCAGGGUAUCGCUCGAUUGAAGGAAAAAGCAAAGAAAAGGAAAGGCAGAGGUCAUGGAACAGAACUGGUUUCCACUCGCGAGGAUAUUGGCCACCAUGAAUCUAUGAAUGUUGUUGACGACGACGAAGAUGAGCCUGGACCAAAAAGAUCCGUCGAAGGAUGGAUAUUAUUUAUAAAUUCCGUUCAUGAGGAAGCGCAAGAAGAUGAUAUCCAAGACAAAUUCUCAGAGUUUGGGCAAAUAAAAAAUCUGCACUUAAAUCUGGACAGAAGGACAGGUUUUUUGAAGGGAUAUGCUCUAGUCGAGUACGAAACAUUCAAAGAGGCUCAAGCUGCUAAAGAAGCGCUCAACGGUACAGAGAUCCUUGGUCAAGCAAUAUCAGUUGAUUGGUGCUUUGUGAAAGGGCCCAAGAAGGUUAAAAAGAGGAGUCACAGGAGACGAUGAGAAUCGUGAAGAAAAAAGAAGCUGAUGAAGAAGAUAUUGUUCCUUCGAGUCCCGUUGGGAUGAUGAAUAAACGAAAUAUCUUUGUAUUUGACACAACGUACGAUCGAAAGAAUUAAUAUCAUUUAAACCUUACUCUAUUAAUACAAUGGUCAUUAAGAACAAUCAGUAUAAUUGACAAAAAAAUCUUUUUAUUUUAAUUAUUCCAGUUGAUACUGUUUACUUUUUUUCGGAUGUCUCACGCACGAUAUACGUAUUAUCUUUGAAACAGCGAUUAUUCCAUCGUUCCGAAUAACAUGUAAGAAAACGUGCGAAUAAAUAACUAGAUGUCGGAUGAA